GGUUUUGAGCAGAAGAAGAGUAUGUUUGGGUUUGACGCAUUCAUUUGCUCAAUGCCUUAACCGCGACGGAAUCGAUGGAGUUGCUGGUUGUUCAUUUUGUGCAGUUGAAUCUUUCCUAUUUGUCUUGAUUGCUUCCUCAAAACAUAAAUAAUGUACCGGCCCGGUCAACAUCCGUGCGGUCGGCCUUCUUUCGGUGUUCCACGAUCUCGCUUCAAUGUCGGCGCUCCUUGUGGGCCUUCUCCCGGAAAUUUACCUCUUCGACCGUCCAGACAAUUUUCGUCUUCGGCGCCGAUUGGAAGGCAAUUCUUUCCAAGACCUCCAAGACCUUAUUUUAUGAAUGUACGUACACGACAAGCUCAUGCUUGAAGGGGGCGAGGGUAGCUAGGACUUGUAAAGCACCAUUUUAGCAGUUCAAAUGAAGUACCUCCACAUUUCUCCGUGGAUUAUAGUGCGGCAAGGGGGAAAAAAAUCAUUUUAGAUUCUAUUGUAUUGUAGAAUUGGGUUCGACAUCUACGUCAUCAAGUUUGGUAUAACGCCAUACUUGAAGAAGAAGCUAGUUACAAAGUCCUGUUCGGUGAAGGGCUCUCAAUAAGUGGACAUACAUAUUCGGGUUUUAUAAAAUGGCUUCAAGAUAUUUUGGCUCCGAAUUCCUGGGACAUGCCAGGGCAGACAGAUGAUCUGUCAAAGUAAAUAUACUUUCGUGUGUAAGAGAGUGAAUCAAGAAGAAAUAAAUAGAAUACGGUACAUGCUAAAAACAUAGCCUUUAGCCUUUUCGAACUUAUCCUACUGGCAAACGCCUGCCUAUAUUUGUACGCUACGAUUGGCCAAGUUGGGACAAUCAAGUGGGACCACUGUGUAAAGGGGGGAAAAAAAAACAUAUUAACUGUUGUCGCUUGGAACGUUCAAUAGUAUACGUAUGCCAUCGAUGCCACAAUUCUUUCAUGCAAAGUAAUAUUCACAUGAAUUCUUAAUACUCUCAGCCCCACUGUAGCUCGUUCUCCAUAGACCGCAGUACAGUGAUAACUGUGGGAGGCAGCCAGCAGCUUGCCUCUCCUGCUGCACCACCACCACGGCAUCUUCCAGGUUCCCAAUGGAAUCCAACAUCUGUCAAGCUUACGCCAGACAACAGUGACAGUGCUGGAGAGGAGUUCCUGAGAUGCAUAGCCGCAAAUAAACCUUUCCCAGAUUAUCUCCGAGGGAACAUGGAAUACAACCUGGCUGACGCAUUGAAGUCAGCCAGUAUCCUGAAGGAGGCCGUCAAGUCGGACCUGGCUUUCCAAAAGCGGAGUCGCAGUCCGAGCGGGAGUCCUGAGCGCAGCCGCGGAAGAUCUCGAGCGAAAAGCCGUGCCCGAAGUAGGAGCAGAGCCAGGAGCAGAAGUCGCGUUCGUGAAAAGAGUCGAGCGAGGAGCAAGAGCCGAGCGAGGAGCAAGAGCCGAGCGAGGAGCAAGAGCCGAGCGAGGAGCAAGAGCCGAGCGAGGAGCAAGAGCCGAGCGAGGAGCAAGAGCCGAGCGAAGAGCAAGAGUCGAGCGAGAAGCAAAAGUCGACCUCGGAGUCGAAGCCAAACCAGAAAAAGUCGUGCGCGGAGCAAAAGCAGGUCUGGGUGGUCAUCGUCACCGAGCAGCAGUCCUGACGGCAGCCCUGCUAAAAGCAAAAAGCGGCAGAGGAGUCCCGGCCGCGUGGGCAACGACACCGCCGCUAGUUGUAGUAGUAGUGCUCGUUUGUUCGAGGGACUUAAGUUGGUCAUGACCAACAAAGCAAUGGAAAAUCACUUGCCCUCUCUCAAAGAGGCAAUCCGAACCAUUCAGGCCUCGAAUCAAAGGCAACGAGCUCCGGGCGCCGAGCGACCUAGCGCGCUUUCGACUUUGUCGCUGGAAAGCGACAGCGUGCUCCUGCCUCAUGACAGAGUUGGCAAUGACUUUUCCUGGCUUCAGCCCAAACGGCAGACAGCUUCCAAAGCUGAUCACUUGGAAGAUGAAGAGCUGUUCUUAUACGGCCACGAAAAAGCCGCGCCGCAAAACCCACGCUAUGCAACACUCACGCCUGGAGAGUCGGUCAAAGGAAAAACAGGUGAUGAAAUGAAGAGAUGGGAUCCCAACACUCAACAGCGGGACUGCGAUCGCUCCAAUCUCUCGUCAUCGAGCCGAGUCUUUGCUCAUCCGGACGGGAGGGAGAAAAUCCAAAAGAUCUUGAGCGCUUUGGGCCAAGCAAACAAUAGCAAAUCAGGCCCUCAGCCACCAGCGUCCUUGGGAUUGAGAUCAUGUCAAGGCCCCAAUAUGCCCAACGCCCUGCAAUCAUUCAUCAAAGCAACCAAGGAGAAGCGGGAAAAAGGUCACCCAGUUGGGACGUCAUAUGAUGAAGACAAGCCAGGCGAUGAAAGUGAAAGAAACGAAGCCAAACGAGCCAAAAUGACUCAAAUCGAAAGUUUGAUGAAAGAAGCGGGAGAAUUGCUCAAGCAGGACGGAUUCAAUUUCCUCAUCCCGGUGUUGGGCUUUUACUGCCAGAUAUGUGAGGAGUUCAUCAGAGAUUUAAGUCGAGCUGAAAGCCACGCAGCCAUCCAUUGGAAUCGCAACACUGGCCGCAAAACACCGGUAAGUAAAGAAGAGACUAAAGGACACUCAAGCUGUAGCAGCAGCAGCAACAGCAACAAACACCAUCCUCCGUCGCCGCACCGACAACACACUUACAAAGACGAGAGAGGAGACAACAGGAAACCCGGAAAUGAUUACCGUAGAAUCAAAGAGGAGGAGGAUCAUCAUAGGCGCCAAAGUAGUGUGCUCAAGAGGAUGAGAGAGGAGAAGAUACUCAUAACGGUUUGUGCCGACCCUCCAAAAGUUAAGGAGGAGCCCGACAAGGAUUGGGACCUAGUCAAGCAGGGAGGAGCAUCCAAUGGAAAGUCCAAAGACGGUCAUGGAAAACACGCAAAGGGAAACAAUGAAAGCCACGACAGCAGCAGAGAUGAAUCCAAAGGAAAGUCACACAAAAAGAAAAAGAAGAAGAAGAAGAAGAAGAAAAAGAAGAAGGAUGAUCCUAUACAUGAACCUUGCUCGUUACCAAGUUCAAAGACGGGUCACGGCGUCAUUGCGAGACAAGAAAGUUUGGACAAGUGUCAAGCCCAACGUCCAUUUGAUGUGCCCUGCUAAACAAAUGACAAAAGUGCAAAUUGUUGUCACUUUUCAAAACAUUCUUAUUGCAACCAAUACUGUUCAAUAAAGAACAGAUGGACAAACUGUA